GUAGGAUAUUGCGAACAUUUACUCCUUUCUCUUUCUGAUUUUCAUCAAUUUUGUAGUGUGGAUACAGUUCGAAGUACGGAUUGUAGAGUGGGUUCAACGACUAGUAUUGUAACUUUAAGACGUAAUUCACGUGAACAAGUUAUAAAAGUUAGACAUUAGCUUUAUAAAGAUUUUACAUUUUAAAUAAAUAAAAAUGCCAGUUCCAGCAUUGCAGAAGCCAGCACCAGCAUUCAAAGGAACUGCUGUUAUUAAUGGCCAAUUUAAAGAAAUUUCACUUUCUGAUUAUAAAGGCAAAUAUGUUGUCAUUUUCUUCUAUCCUCUUGAUUUCACAUUUGUCUGUCCAACAGAGAUCAUUGCUUUUUCAGACCGUAUUAAAGAAUUUCAAGCUCUUGGAGUACAAAUAAUUGCUGCAUCUACUGACUCCCAUUAUAGCCAUUUAGCAUGGAUUAAUACACCUCGUAAACAAGGUGGUUUAGGUGAAAUGAAUAUUCCUCUUCUUGCUGAUAAAAGUGGAAAAAUUGCCCGCGAUUAUGGAGUUCUUGAUGAGGAUAGUGGUAUCCCUUUCCGUGGUCUUUUUAUUAUCGAUGAUAAACAAAACCUGCGUCAAGUAACAAUAAAUGAUCUUCCUGUAGGGAGAGAUGUUGAUGAAACUCUAAGAUUAAUACAAGCAUUCAAAUUUACUGAUGAACAUGGUGAAGUUUGCCCAGCUGGCUGGAAACCGGGAAAGAAAACAAUGAAACCUGAUCCAAUUGGUUCAAAAGAUUACUUUAAGGAUUCAUAAACUGAAUACACAAUAUUAUACUGCAUUAAAGUUAUUUUGUCAUAUGCAGAAAAAAUAUUUUAAAGAAAUCCUUUAAAGUAAAAUCUGCUUUUGUUCUUAUGCACUUUUAAUAAAUAUUUUUUUACAAUUUA